CCAAUCCUUGGACCAGAGGAGAACCAGAGAGAGAGAGAGGAUUUCAGAUACAAUGAGGCCGGCUGCCUUGUUCGCGAGUCUCCUAGUCGUUGCCGGAGCAGUGGUUUAUUGCGAGUCCUUUCCCGCAGCGCUGGACGCGGCUGAGUCCCACCAGGAGAAUGUGAAGCCGAUGUCAAGGGAUGCACCCAGCUCGGAAGGACGAGAGAACAUCGUGAGUUUCUUGAGCGCUCUUGGUCAGGCACGGAAGAAUACGAACGGCAGGUUUCGAACUCAGGCGGCAAGAAGCAGAGCUAAUGGAAAGAGAACCGACAUAAAAGGUGUCACGGAAGUGAUCGAAGAAUUAACUGACGGUUCUUUGCCCGCUGACAAGGAGAAAGAAGUGAAAGAUGAAGUACUUCCUCCAAGUCCUUUGAAAGAGAAAGACACCAAGAAAGCAAAGAAACCGCCUGGGAAGAAAUCAAACAGAAGAGCCUGCUUUUGGAAGUAUUGUAACUGAAGACCGGACAUGAGCGGCAUUUCAGACGGACCUAGUCGGCGACCCACUGUACAUAUUUAAAACCUUUGACCGAAAGUUUCUCCAUUUUAAACUUUCAACACUAUCCUUCACUCGACAGGAUAAAAAUCUAAUCCGCUUUUUUUUUUUUUUUUUGCCUCGCGUAAAAAUGUUAUCUUGAAGAAUCUAGUUAAAUGUGUAUUUAAAGUGUCUUAUUGAAAUAAAAGUCUACUUUUUAUUAAUCAAUUUGCUUUUUCCAACACUAGUCACACCGCACAUUAAUUUAUAUUAACGUUAGAAUUCCACGUUGGUUUCUUUGGUAUCAAAUCCUCACAUUUACUUUUCAACCUGAA